AUGGCACUCCAAAUCAACCCCGAUCGUCCUCUUCUUGUUGGUCCCGAUGUACCCGAAGCUCCCUUUCCACACAAGAUCUCUGGCAAGGUCGUGAGCGGUUUUGGUAGAGGCUCCAAGGAGCUCGGUAUUCCCACGGCCAACUUGUCAGACGAGGCAUUGGACGCCAUGUGCACUGAAUUCACAUCGGGUGUUUACUAUGGAUGGGCACAGAUCGGCGAUGCAGGUUCUCAAGUAUACCCUAUGGUGAUGAGUCUUGGUUGGAACCCUUAUUACAAGAAUGAAAAGCGUUCAGGAGAAGUGCAUAUUAUCCAUGAGUUUCCAGAGGAUUUCUAUGGCAUUGAAAUUCGCGUGAUUGUAUUGGGCUAUGUGCGACCUGAACAAAAUUACCCCUCUCUUGAUGCUUUGAUUACGGAUAUUCGAACAGACGUCGAGGUGGCAAAGAAAUCCCUUCAACGACCUUCUUAUCUUGAAUACAAGCAAAAUCCCCUUUUCCUUGGUGCUUAG